AUGAUCGCGACGCUGCUCUGUUACGUGCUGCUGCCCGCGGUGCGGCUUCUGCGGGCCUUGCGAGAUGGCAUCUUUACGUGUCGAAAGAAUGCGCUUCUGGUGAAGAGCACAGCUGCCCAUAUAGAUGGCCUUUCAGUUCCAGUCUGUGGAAAGCCAGUUUUGGAGGAGCAGCAAGCCCUGCUGCAGCAGUGGCUGGAGGAGGGUGCUGUAGGGCCACAAGCAAACGACAGCACUUCAGAAACACAGGAGGUGUCAACUGCUUUGGCUGUCGAGUGGCUGGAAGGCCCACAGCUAUUGAUGACCAGCCUUAGCGAUUUGAACGUGGCCCCACAGUCUGCUGGCCAGGAGCAGCAACAUGUGGUUCAGACUGAAAUGACUUCUGGACUACAAGAAUUUGUAGAAACCACACUGGCAAAUUUACCGCUAGAAGAAAGAGAGGCCAUAGAGGACAAUGCUGUAUGGGCAGCACUAAGGACUCAGGCUAAUCCUCAGAUUGUUGAUGGUGUGCCUCUGUCCACAGAAGUGUGGAUUGAAGACCCUGCUGUGUUGGCUUGGAGUCCUGCACAGGAGACUGAUGUGGUGACAACAGAGGGAAUAGUGUUGCCUUUUCAGAAUACAGGUCAAUUUCAGCCACUCCCAGCAGAGAUACCUUAUCAUGAGAUUCUGUGGAGGGACUGGGAAGAUCUUUCUGCUCAGGCUUGUAUCCCAGAGCCAGACUCAGAGGUUGGGUCUUUAUUUGAAUUCAGAGUCAUGUCCUACAAUAUUCUGGCCCAAGACUUGAUAGAACAGAGUCCUCAUCUUUACAUGCAUUGCCAUCCAGACAUUUUGAGCUGGAGCUAUCGUUUCGCAAAUCUCUUACAGGAGAUCCAGCACUGGGAUCCUGAUAUUCUUUGUCUCCAGGAGGUUCAGGAGAAUCACUAUCAGGAGCAGCUGGAACCAUCUCUUGUGAUGAUGGGCUUUGCAUGCAUAUACAAGCGGCGGACAGGAAGAAAGACAGAUGGUUGUGCAAUUUGCUACAAGCAGAGCACGUUCCAGUUAAUCAGCGCUAGCCCUGUUGAAUACUUCUGGCCUGGCUUGGACAUCCUCAACAGAGACAAUGUUGGUCUGGUGCUCCUGUUGCAGCCCUUACUCUCAGAGAGUGUGGGAGACGAGUCAAUCAGCCCUUUGUGUGUGGCAAAUACUCACGUGUUGUACAAUCCCCAUCGGGGAGAUAUCAAACUGGCCCAGAUGGCAUUGCUCCUGGCAGAGAUAGACAAGAUUGCAAAGCUGGUUGAUGGCAGUUACUGCCCCAUCAUCUUAUGUGGGGACCUAAAUUCUGUGCCUGAUUCGCCAUUAUACAAGUUUAUCCGGAAUGGUCAAUUGUACUACCAUGGGAUGCCAGCCUGGAAGGUAUCUGGGCAGGAAGAGUUCUGUCAUCACCCACAUCAGCGGAAACUGCUGACUCCUCUUUGGCCCAGCUGUCUAGGUAUAACUGAUGGUUGCCAAUAUGUUACUCUUUGCAAAAUCAAGAAGUCAGACAGACGCAAAUAUAGCCGCGAUUUCUUGCUUCAGUUCCGUUAUUGUGAUGUCGCCUGUGAACGACCUGCAGAGUUGACCCUGUUGGAAGGGGUGACAGAUGCCAAACCAGAACGUCCUGCACAUUGGUCUAAGGAGCUCACUGUGGAGAAUAACUGUGAUGCAGAACUGUUCUGUUCAAGAAAUCCAGGCAGUGUCCAUCAUGGCCUGAACUUGACUUCUGCCUACAGCCACUUCCUGCCUGAGAAAGGUCGCCCUGAAGUUACAACUAUGCCAAUGGGUAUGGGGGCCACAGUUGAUUAUAUCUUCUACUCAGCGAAUCCGAUCCGGAAUGAGAAUGUGGGAGGUCGCAGGAUGUACCAAGAUGGAGCUCUAAAACUACUUGGCCGUCUGUCCCUCCUCUCCGAAGACAUCCUUUGGUCAGCAAAUGGCUUGCCUAACCCUUUCUGUUCAUCUGAUCAUCUCUGCCUGCUGGCCAGCUUUGGCUUAGAGAUCUCUGGCUUCCAAUCAUGUGCCAGACCUCUAGAACUCUCAAAGAGUUGCUUUGAAUGGAAAAAUCAUGCCACUUAAGUUUGCAUCAGUUAACA